AUUUUCUUCGGUUUAUCAUCACCGUAACCUUCAUCUUAGAUUCUAUGGCUGCUUGAGAAAAAGGUAUUUUUGUGGAUCCUGAUCUUAGUGAAUCUUGUGUGAAACUCGAUUUACAGUUAUGGAUUUAGGAAGCGAAUGUUCUACACUUGAAUUGUUCGAGGAUAAUGAAGCCGCUCAAAUCAAGGAUAAGCACGCUGGUGAUCACGAGACUGAAAAUCAUGUAAAGGGUACUGCUGAGACUGUGCAGCCAAUGCUUUCACCUCUUGUAGCAGUUAAAUCUCCUGGUGCGUCAUCUUCUCCUACCACCAAAGGGUAUGGCUUGAAGAAACGGAGGCGGAUUAAGCGAGACUUUGUUAAGGAUGCUACUAUCACAAUGGAGAGAAGUAAAAUAGUUAAGAGAGGCUUGACCGGUUCCGCAAAUCCAGAUCCAAGUAAACCACAGCAUAGUGCAUCAUCUGUGAUCAAUCAGAGCAGUGGAUCCCCUAAUGGAUCAAUGAAUAUGUUGAAGAAUGCAGUUUUGGCUCCUGGGUUCAUGAUGCAUAGCCCCAAUUCAGAUUCCAUUUUUGCAGUUGGAGCUGCUUUUGGUUCCGCUACAGAUUCUGAAAAUAGUGAGGACCGGAGUAGCAAGUCAUCUACAGCAGCCAGUAUGCCAACCUGCCUUCAGUUUUGGGUUACAUUCAUGAGAGACACCAGAUGAAUUUAAGUGGGAACACCGUGGGUAAUUCAAGUCAAAGAGUUCAACUCUAAUUCCAGUAUGGAAUCCAACUCAAGAAGUUCCAACUUUAUCUUUACGUAUUUUCAGAAAAAAAAUACUUUUAUCUUUAC